CCUGAAGUGAUGUGUGAAUAGUGUAGUGCAAGUGAGAGUUGGUGUGCGUAAUAAGGGGUGAGGAAAUGACUAGGAAGAGGAAGGAAAGAUCUCACGAUUGUUAAAAGUACUGCUCCUUCAUUCGCUGGCCGUUAGAAUUCUCCAGAUAGCAGCUGAAUUCGACCUAGCAAUGUAUUACUGAAGUGAGUGUCGAAAAUCCUUCCAGGCCCCCUAGGACCUCCUGGUCAGAAGCGCUGCAAAUACAUCAUUUGAUACUCCGAGCCACCAACCACAGUAUAGCUAUAUACGAAGGUUGCAAUAAUAUAAAUGGCUGAAACCCAUAAAUAAGUGUGGCAUACUAAGUGGGCGGACUCUUUAACGGACGCACUCAAAUGUCAAUUAAAAAAUAAAUAUUUUAUACAAUAUAUCGUAAGGGAUGUUAUUCUUUUUAAUCGCCGAAAAACUUUAAAAACUGAUUAACAAGGAGGUGAAUUUUAGAAACGUUCCAGGUCAUGACAAAUUGAAAGUGCCGCGAGUAAAUCAUUGGUCGUGAUUGGUAUGUUUAGAGUAGACGGUAAAUAUCAUCAUGGUCGCGCCGGCUGUGAGUGUGACAAGCACUCAAUGAUUGAAAGGCUAGGUUUCGUGAACGAAAUGUUUUCCGCGUGGAUUAGUAGUUGCGUCUAUGAUAAACGGUAGCAUUUCAUCGUUUAUUAUUUUCUUUAGAAAAACGAAGCAUUUAACUUUCCUCUACUCUUCUGUAUAAGAAGUGAAUAUAUUUUCAUAUAACACUACGUGUCGUCAUUGAAUCUGAUUUACUUUAGUUUGUGAACUGUUUUACAGCUUGGUUUUACAACACCAAUGGAGUAUUUUUGUGUGAAUGACAAUGAAUUAAUGAGUUCUUUCAUGGUGUAGCAUUUAGAAUUACAUUGUAUGUACAUUUUGCCACUCCUACAAAUGUGAUGGCUGUUACUUUUGUAUUAAAUAGGCUUAAAGCAUUGUUUUUUAUUGUGGUCGAUAUAUUUAAACGGGCAUUAUGCUGUUUCCGUCGACGAAGGCGAAAUUCAGGCGAACCAGUACCACUAACUGAUGUUGGAAUUAUUCCUAAUAAAGAAACCCAUGGCCUUCAAGAAAUUAGUUCUGGCGACUUACAAAGUUGGAAUUCUUGGGAUACCACUCCAUCAUGUGUAGUUACUGAGCAUUCUCCCAAGGAUAUAAUUCAACAAAAAAUUGAAAUGUACCGCCAGAAAACUACACAAGUAACAACGGAAGAGGAAACUGAACCACAGCCCGAUUUCUUUCAGGAUAUGACUCCAAGAAUAACAAAACAGCCAAAAAUUAUUCUGAAAAGUGAUGCUGAUGGUCCAAGUUGGAGUGAUACAAUAUCAACUCGACUGAGUGCGGAUGGUGUUCCUUUGCCUGGCCCUGAAUUAGAAACUUGGGAAGACACUCCAGGCUGGGAAGAUCAAACCCAAGAUGAAUGGGAUCCUGAUACCAUUCUAAAAGAGAAACGUCAGCUAGAAAGACAACGACGCCUAGCAGACCAACAACGAAAAAAAAUGGAACGUGAGAAAACAAGAAUGGGUAGACCAGUUACUCUUGGAUCACGAUUAAGUUGAUAGAAAGUUCUAUGAUGUUCUGGUGUUAUUUUGAUUGGAGUGAAAACACUGCAUUUUUUAGACUGGAGCCAGCAGUAAUGCUACCAAAUAACAAUUUCAAGUUUGUUAAGUGAUGCACUGUAAGAAAAAACUGAGCAAAAUGUUUUCUUUGUUCCUCUUGCACGUGAAAUUGAUGAAUAAUUAAUGUGUGUGCACAUGGGCUGCUGCACUGUAUGUACUUACAAAAUGUGCUAGUAAAAUUCAUCAUUAGCUCAAGAAGCUAGAAGACUUUGGGUAUGAUUUGGAGGGAUUUACUUGCAUCUAAUUUUCAAGAUUGUUGUCAACAAAGCACAUUUCUGAGGAAAAGGAAAAGGAGAUGGCAACAGAUUUGUCAUUUUUGACUGCAGAGAAAAAGGUCACUUCAUGGUGCAGUUUUAUGCUUAUUUGGACCAUUAGACAAUUAUCGAUAUUUGAGUCAUUUGAAGAAUUUUAAUUAUUGUUAUAGUAGUGGAGUAGAAUAUUUCUGAGAACAAAUAAAACUUGCCAGUAAGUGCUUGUUGUCUUGCAAAUAUAAUUCAUAUCUUCUAAAGUUUUACAAAAAUGUUACAGCAGGUUAAAUUGUAGCUUGUGAACAUAGGGGAAAUGGUAUUAAUCAGUUUUCUGUGACAACACCUAGUAAACAAUAGAAAAGAGAGAAAACAUUUAAUAAUUUGAAUUAAGGAGAAUUUUUGCUUAGUGUCUGCCCUCCCCUUCCUAUUUUCCAUUACAAUCAUUUUCAUGAAGAACUAGAAAUGAAGCAUUCUGUUUUUCAGAGCAAAUGAGAGACAUUGCUCUUGCCUGUACACUUCACAAUAUCAUCAGUUUUUGAAGUUAUGAGAAAAGAAAUGGUUUUCAUUAUUAAAAUUUUAAGUGGCAUUUGAAUGUAUAGAUAAAUUGACAUAGUUUUGAAACAUGAAAUAAAUGUGUAUGUGCUACACAAAUUCAUUAUUUUAAGUGGGUUUCAAUCUGAAAAAAUGACAUUUUCUGAAUAAAUUAGUCUCUGGUUCAUAUUCUUUCAAUAAAAAAUAUCCUUUUGCAACAUCUGUUACAACUGUAUUUCACUCUUUACCACUAUUUAAGUAUUUCAUGUGUCUCAGUGAAGUUUCUUUCUCUUCUGCUAAAAGAACUGUUAUUGGCAUCAAGAUGUCUGAAGUUUUUCUCUUUAUAUUUUCCACAAAUUGAUGUGUAGAACUUCCUUUGUAUCAAAUGUUUUGGAAUAUGCUACAAUAAUUCAUGAAUUGAUGUAAAAUUAGAAUUAUCAAGCAUUCCACCAAUUUAAAGCUGCAUGUUUUAACAAAGGAUUCAGUCAAUAACUAUUAGUUUUGUAUCAAUUAUAAUGUAUAUGUUAUGUUUCACAAAAUUAUAAUUAUGAUUAUUGCAUAAAUAUUUUCA